AUGGAUUUCCAGACCAUCAUAGCUGCCAGUAAUGGUACCGAUGAUGGCGGUAAAUCGCCUAGCGGCCCCUCCUCUUUUGCAGCGGUGGCCGCUGCCUUCAUCCCAACAUUUGUGACAGCCAGUCUGUUCGUGUCAGCCUUUGUGAUAGUCAGGCCGAAGUUCCCGAAGAUCUACUUUCCCAGGACAUACCUUGGCACAAUACCAAAAAAGGAUCACACACCAUGUCAGAGCCGAUCGUACUGGGAUUGGGUACACACCAUGAGAGUGGUGCCUGACAAGUUCACACUAUACCACCAGUCCAUCGACUCGUACCUUUUCUUGCGCUUCCUUCGAACCAUGAUCUUCAUCUGCGUCGUGGGCUGUGUGUUGACAUGGCCAAUAUUGAUGCCGAUCAACGCCGCUGGUGGAGGAACGGGUAAUGAGCUAGAUCGUAUCUCGAUUGGAAAUGUCGCAGAGGAGAAGUACCUCUAUGCCCACGCCAUCAUUGCCUGGGUGUUCUUCAUCUUCGUGAUGUUCACGGUAGCAAGGGAGCGACUAUGGCUUAUUGGACUUCGGCAAGCGUGGAAUCUGUCAAAGCCGAAUGCAAACAGACUGUCAUCACGUACAGUAUUGUUCUUAUCAGCACCGACUGGUGCUCUGGAUGAAAGCAACAUGCAACGCUUCUUUGGUGAUGACGCUGUCAAAGUCUGGCCGGUGACUAAGGCAGAGAAGUUGCAAAGUCUGGUCUCUUCUAGGGAUUCCGAGGUCGACAAGCUGGAGACUGCAGAGAUCUCGCUGAUCCAGAAAGCAAACGAGGAAGGACGAAGGAGUCAGAAGAGGCAUCACGGACAGAGAAUCACCUAUGGCAGCCUUCCCGGCAGCGUAAAACAGUCGCUAAGACCUACGGAAAGACUCAAAACGACAAGGCCUGUGGGUAAGCAGGUGGACAGCAUUGACUACUCCCGCAAUCAGCUCCUGGAAAAGGAGGAGGAGAUUAACAAGGCUCGAGAGUCCAAUGCGCAUGCGCAAAGCCACCACGGCGCAGCUGCAGUAUUCGUUCAGUUCCGCACGCAAUCUGCCGCCCAGAAAGCGUACCAACAGGUCGCAUCCUCAGACAUUUUGUCUCUCACACCCCGAUUUACUGGAGUCCUGCCUAGCGAGGUCUUCUGGGAGAACCUGACUAUGGAGCCGUCUCGUCGCAUAUCGCAAGGCAUACUCGCGCAUGGACUCGUCAUUGCCUUAAUCAUCUUCUGGUCAAUUCCAGUUGCAUUCGUCGGUGCAGUGUCGAACAUCUCCUAUUUGGCAGAGAACUUCAAGUUUCUCGGCUUCCUCAAUGAGCUGCCGGAUAAUAUUAUCAACCUCCUCACCGGAUUGGUUCCGCCUCUGCUUCUCAGCGCACUGAGCAAGUAUGUGCCGAAAAUCUUCAGAUAUAUCUUCACUGCCUCCGGAGAGCCCACCAAGACCUCUACAGAACUGAAGGUUUUGAAGUGGUACUACGUGUUCCAAGUUCUGCAGGUCUUCCUGGUUACCUCGCUGUCUUCCGGUGCUGCGACAGUCGUUUCUCAGAUCGCGACGAACCCGAACAAAGUACCUCAGUUGCUUGCAGAGCGGCUACCUCGUGCUUCCAAUUCCUACCUUACAUACUUCGUUGUACAAGGCCUCACCAGCGCUUCCGACAAUCUGCUCAACUACUCCGAUGUCCUUUCCUACAUCUUUUUCGAUAAGUUCUUCGAUAAGACGCCACGCCAAAAGUACAACAGCUACAUCACGCUGAGAGGCAUGCAAUGGGGCAAACUGUUCCCCAAGUAUGUCAACUUCGUGAUCAUUGCGAUCGUGUACUCUUGCAUUGCACCAUUGGUCCUAGGCUUUGCUGCCGCAGGUCUUGCCUUGUUCUAUCUCAGCUACCGUUACAUGCUGCUCUUCACCGCACAGCCAAAGAUCGAUACCAAAGGACACUGCUACACGCUUGCACUGCAGCAGAUGCUCACCGGUGUAUACAUUGCUGAACUUUGCUUGAUUGGGCUGUUCAGCCUUCGAGGUGCAUUUGGGCCUACGAUCUUACUCGGCAUCUUGUUUAUCGUCACGAUUAUCUUCAAUGUCCUUACGAACCGCCACUUUGCACCUCUCGAGCAGUACCUACCUGCCGAUCUAGCUCUCGAUGGUAGUAGCAAUGAGAAUGACGAAGAAGCCCCACUUCUUUCAUCUGCAGAGGAGGGUCAGUCCGAUGCUAUACAGCGUGAGGAGUCACGAAUCCAUCGUAUCAGCAGCGCUGUGCGAGUCUCGCCCAAGGUCACAGGUCCGAUCGCUCGGUUCUUCGAGCCGCACAUCUUCGCAAGUCACAAGGCAAUGAUGCAGUGGCUACGGGAUGGCGACUUUGAUGAAGACAAUGUACCCGAGUACAACGAUGAGGAUAUUCGUAAAGCAUACCUCCAUCCUGCAUACACAAGUCGAACACCAGUCAUCUGGUUGGCAAAGGACGACAUGGGUGUCAGCAAGAAAGAGAUUCAGGAAAACGAAAAGAAGGAGCUGGAAUGCAGUGAUGAGGGUGCAUGGAUAGACAAGGAGGGCAAUCUGAAGUGGAGUGUAGAUGACUUCGAGAAGGUGCCUAUCUUCAAGAAGACGAAGCAAUGGUAAACCCAGGUUUGCAAACAAGACCGGACAACUAUCGUCCAGCACGUACAAGCAUGUUCACAAUACAAUACCAUACACGCAGUAUCACGUUUACCCUUCAUGUGCCUGAGCUCACAGUGGUGAGCCCUUGGCCGCUACGCCAUGAACCGAAGCUUUGCGGAGAACCCUCCUCACCUCUCAACCUUUCUUUAUUCGAAACACACUCCUAAUCCAUUAGAAUAACGAUCUCGCCUGUGGCGCUGCCGCAUAUCUUCGACCUUCUCGAACAGGUAUCGAACCAUCGCAUGAUCAUGUUUUAAGGUCCAGUGAUUCCAGUGCUCAACCACACCACCAGCGCCGC